AUGGCGGACGACUCCGUCGUGCAAACCCUCCUGGACUCAGGUUGGAUCCAGGAAACAUCUGGCUCCCAUCAUCUAGCGUGGAAACAGUUCUGGGGCCGACCUCUCAAACCCGCGAUUCGGCAACCUUGGGAGUCAUGGGUAGCUCCCAUCAAGUCCAGACCUGAACCAGACUCAGAUGAUGCGGAGGCUUGGCGCUUAGCUCGCGCCGUUCUCGGUGAAGAGGACGACGUAGAAGGCAUACCCUUACCAGACUGUCGCUAUCUCAAGACGCCCUGGGUGGACGAGCUGAAGCAGACUCAAGGGCGCAUCAUGAUUACUCGUCAAUGUGAACGAUUUGAUGGGGUGCUGAAUGAUUUUACACAGUCGUAUGACAGUGGGAUUCUUAUUGAGGGUCAGCGUGGCGUCGGAAAAACCUAUCUUGCUUGGUACUUGCUUGCGGCGCAAUUGUCUCAGUGCCGCACCAUCAUCUUCGCUCUCUCCUCGGAUGCCUACCUUCUCUUUGGAUCUAUAGGCGUGUUUCGAUGCCACGGCUCCCUCAAACUACGAAGCGACAGCAUGCCCUCAAGUAUACGGGAGAUCAUUCUGCCCGAGUUCACACAAGUCAUAUAUGACACGAACCCUCACCCGCGACAGCCGCCGUACGAAAUAUCUACGGGCUACUAUUCGCUGGUUCAGCUCUGUAGACCCGAUCCGAGAUAUUUCCAUGCGUGGGAGAGGAAUCUUUCUCCCACCAUACUCAUGCUGGACGCUUUGACGCCGCCGGAUAUUGUCGCUGGUGCAUAUAUUCAAACUGGGUAUCCCAACCGGAAAGAAGGUUUCGUCGGUUUGCUGCAGUCAAUCCAUGAUUUUGGAUCGUUCUCUCGUGCUUGCUUCACGGUUGGGACCGACAGAGAAACCCUCUAUACAGCCUUGGACGAGCGUCUGAGUGCUCUUUCUUCGGAUGAUGUGGAACACUUGGCUCAGCGGGCCUCCGUCGCUGGCCUCAAUCAUUCCGGUCUCUUAUGUCCUGAAAACGACUGUGAUAUAUUCCUGCUACGCAGAGACGAAAAGGACGGUGUUGAAUACCUACGUCCAACCCUGGCUUCCCGAUAUGUCGUCGGGAAAAUGCGCGAACGAUUCAGUUUCUUAGAUUUAUACUCCUUUCGAGAUAUGAGGGUCAUUCGCAAGCCCCCAGAUGGACUUCUCGGGUCUCGCUUAUGGCUAUUCGAGCACCUCUCCCACGCAUUGCUGUCAAGUGGCAGCCUGGGAGGUGGGACAGAGUCUUCCCGCCCCUAUGUCUGGGAGCAAGUGUUCCCCCCGCAUGCGAAACGGACGAAGGGGGCUCUUGCUCUUGAGCACUUCUCCAGGUCCCAAGUCUUACACAUUAUUGAUGACGAACUUUCUAUUUCCCUCGAACCCGGGACUUACAACAUCCGCCGUGUUGUAUCGGACCUCGCGUUCCAUGCCGCAACUUACGUCGUUCCAUACCCACGGAAGAGAACAAAAGCACAGAGCCCUGGUAUUGAACAUCGUCCCAUCACGCGUGCAUCUCUCAAGGAUUCGGGAACCGCUUCCACUGCCGCUAUUGAUCAAACACGAAGGCCCACUCGCUCAUCGCGAACAAGAGACAAAGCUGUACGCGCCACUGUACCAAGUACGGGACCGCCUCCGAAAAAGACGCGGCUGAAGGCGGAGCGAAGAUUCGCCGUCUUCAUGCAGAUGAACCCCCAUGGCGUUCUAUCGUUGCGGGACGAGGAGAUACUUCGUCUAGAUGCUUUUAUGGCGCGCGACACAACGGUCGAGUACUUCUUCGUACUCGUAUCGUUGCUUGGUUUGGACUGUGAUCUCACAGACUUGGAUGUACUCCCCUUGUCGAUUCUCUCGCCGUAG